AUGUAUCGGCUAGCACUGAAACGACCAUGCCGAGACGCCAUACAGAUCACAUUGAGCCAAUAUAGCCGAAAAAACUUUAGCAAUGGCCUGCCACCUAAUGUACGAGAAGCAGGUUUUGGCAAAGUGUUGGUAUUUCUAUCGCCACUUGUCGCUGUCGGUGGAGUAAUUGGAUACGCGAAAUACGACCCGAAAUUUCGAAAACAAGUCGAACAAAAUGUUCCUGGUGCCGACUACGUUUUAAAAGUUGCUUUAGAGUCAAAAGAUCCUCUUGAAGAUAUAAAUAAGCAGUUUGAUGGUGUCAAGAAACAAUUCAACAAUGUUACGAAAACGAUUGAUAGCGCCACAUCAACUGUCACUGGUUGGUUUGGAGGCUCCGAAAAACCCGCUGCUAAGCAAUCAGAAGUUGCCACAACGAAAACCUCCUCGCCAGCAAAACCAAUUACAGCAAGUGCUUCUAAAGAAGCGUCGCCUGCCGCAAAGCCUGCUACUGCCAAACCUAGCGAACCUGUCAAAAUAAAUAAACAACCUGAGCCUUUGCCGAAGGAUGUGACCGACUUGGAAAAUGCAGUAGAGGUUGCAGCUGCGCUAGCUGUAAAAGAAUACAACAAAGCGAUUACUAUUCUCAAGAGCUUUAACAAUGAUGUACGCAAAGUCGUUGAUGAUGCCAUAGAUAAUGUUGACAUCUCGAGAUGGACUUCCUUAAGGAACAAGACAAGUGCUCGCGACACUUCCGUUGCUACUGCAGAAAACUCUGCACGUGAAGCUAUUGACAAAAUUGAAAAGUGUGAGAUUGCACUAAGCCAAGCUGCAACCGCUGAUAAUCAUGAGCAAAUCACUACCAUACGCAAAAAAAUUAAAACAUUGGUGGAACACAUUAACCACGUCAAAGAUGAAUUAUAUCAGCAUAAGGAUCUUGCCACCGUGUCCGAAAAAUAUUGGAGAAACGUGGAAAAAGCACGCAACUACUUCGUUGAGGAAAUUGAGUCCAUAUUCCCCGGUUUAAAUUUGGCGGAUCAAAAACUAAAUAUGUCAAAGGAAGAUUUGGAUUUGUUUAUCAUGCAUGCUUACUCCCAUGUACUGGCUUACCAAAAAGAACUGCAACGUUUGCAAACCGAUGGUGAACUUAAGCUAAAACGUGUCAUAGAUACUUUCCGCGGUGAUAACGAAUCGGAUGCAGUUAAAGCCCAAUUGGAUUAUCACUUGGAAGCUGAGAAGCGAAAACUGGCACUCGAACAACAUAAGAAAAUUUUCCAAAUCCGAGCUGAUGCCGAAAAACAAUUGCGCCAACAAUUGAAAAAACAAGCUGAAGCACAUAGUGAUCAUUUGAACGAUGCGAUAGCCAUGAAGGAAAGCGAAAUGAAGCGUAACUUCACACGUGAAUUGGAAGACAAAUUGGCCACGGAAAAGGCUAAUUAUAAAUUACAACUUGCGGCUAUGGUUGGCAAAAUGCGCGGCAUGGAUGCUGCUCUACAAGCGCGAGCUGAGUCGGAGCGUUCUGCUCAUCAAGCGCAAGCACUUUGGGCUGCCUGUCAGGCCUUGUGGGCUACAGUAAGCACUGGUGAACCUGGCGUACACUGGCGCAACAAAUUGCGUCCGCUGAAGAGUGAAAUCAAGGCGAUUUCUAAAGUGGCUGAGGGCGACGAGCUGGUUUCUGUUGUCAUACAAAACCUACCAACUGCCGCCAGUGAGCGUGGCGUGUUCACAGAAGAUGCUUUGCGUGAACGUUUCAUUAAUGUAGAGCGCGUUGCACGCAAACUAGCGCUGGUACCGGAAGGCGGAGCUAGCCUCCCCAUCUAUUUCCUGUCAUACUUGCAAUCAUUGUUCAUUUUGAAGCCUGAUAAUCCCAUUUCUCAGGAUGAAUUGCAAAACAAACCAUUUGAUUACAGUAAAUUGGAUACCUAUGAUAUUUUGAACAGGGCUAGGUAUUUCGUUGACCGUGGAGAUCUGCUGCAGGCCUUGAAGUACAUGAAUCUGUUGCAAGGCGGCGCACGUCGCGUUGCAUGUGAUUGGUUAAAUGAAACGCGUCUAACGCUGGAAACCAAACAAGCUGCCAAUACGUUAAUGGCCCAUGCUGCUGCAAGUGGCCUGUUAUAUUUGUAAAUUAAAAUAUUGAAUUGACUUAAACCACAAAAGAUGAAGAAAAAUCGAUUGCAUGCGGAAGUCAUUGGUAUCAAUCAGUUACUGUAUUUGCAUUAUACUUAUCCGGCAAAUUAAAUCAACGCUUUAUAUAAUUGUUUAAAAUUCAUUUUACAUAGUCUUUUUUAGUUUUUGAAAUUAUGUCUAAUUUAUAAUUGUUUAUUUAGUUGCGCAUUCCGAAUGUAAAGAAAUGAUCAAGUUGUUGUAAUGUUUAUAAAGAAAUAAAGGAAGAAACACGUACGCAAUAAUAAGAAGGUUGAAAA